CCUGCUCGUAACUGCUGUUGUGCGCUCGGGGCCCCGUCAGGGGUGUCAGGGCAGCGGGGUGAUGGGAAGCCGGGUGGGAGCCUGUCAUGACAGUGGGGGCCAGGGGCGAUGUGUGGGGGCGAGGCCAGAGCUGGAGCCAGCGCCUGUGUGGCCAGAGUCCCGAGACCAGAGCCUGGCUGAUGGUGGCCAGAGUACCAGGGCUGGGAGAAACAGCGGGGGUCAGGGGCGAUGAGGAGUGUGUGUGUGUGGUGAGCUCAAGGCCAGAACCCGAAGCUUCACAACUGGAGCCUGCUGCCUGCCACCCCAGGUCUGAAGCCCGAAGCCCAAGGAAGAUUCAGGGCACUAAUGACAGCAGUAUUGUCAGUAAAUGCUCCACCGCUGCUCUUGGCUACAUCCAUGAUGGCUUCCUACAGUACUUCGUUACAAAGAGAUGCAGACGAGCGCCGCUGAUUCAUUGGGGUUACUAUGUCCGGGCCCGAGCUGUGGAUCAUUGUGUGCAAGAGUUUCUGCGACAGAGUCAAGGCCACCCCAGGAGACAGAUCCUUUCUUUUGGUGCUGGCUUUGACUCCCUGUAUUUCCGCCUCAAGGCUGUGGGUCUUCUGAGUUGCACUGUGGUGUAUGAAGUAGAUUUCCCAAGUGUAACAAGCCGAAAAGCUGCUCUUAUCAAGGGUACAAAGGACCUGGCCAUGGUUGUGGGAGGAGUUGGAAGGAGAGAAUCAGGAGCCAUGAGCUUUGCUGUGGAGGAUUAUAAAUUGCUGGGAGUGGAUUUAUCUGACCUGUCUAAGCUGGAGCAAGCCCUAAAGGAGGCAGGCCUGGACCCUGAGGUUCCCACCAUGCUUUUAGCAGAAGUGGUGCUCACUUACAUGGAGAUCAGCAGGUCGGAUGCUUUGAUCCAGUGGGCAGCUCAGCACUUCUCCUGUGCACAGUUUGUGGUCUAUGAGCAGAUGCACCCCGAGGACCCCUUUGGUCGCAUCAUGCAGCAGCACUUCAGCCGGCUGAACUCUGUGUUGCACACCCUAGCCCAGUAUCCCAAUUGUGAGGCGCAGAGGAGACGCUUUCUCCAGCGGGGAUGGGCCAAGUGCAGUGUCAUUGAUAUGAAUGAGUUCUACGCCAGCUUUAUCCCCGAAGAUGAGCGACAGAGAGUACAGGUUCUGGAGCCCUUUGAUGAAUAUGAGGAAUGGCACCUGAAGUGUUCACAUUACUUUAUCCUGGCUGCAUCAAAGGGGGAAGAGCUUGCCUGGAGUCCUCUAAUCUCCAAGAUGCCUGCUUUCUCUGCUGAUGACCCUCCCAGAGUUGCUGGUAGCAUCUCUGCAUCAGUGUGCUCAAUCGCUGGCCUGAGGCGGUAUGGCCACCACUCUGUACUUAUCAAACCACAUGUGGUCCUCACUACUGGAGGCUUCGGAGAGCAGGGUGGACGACACUGCCGCCUGAGAGAUUUCCAUGUCCUAAUCAGACACGAGGACAACUGGCGUGUUAGAAGUGUGAAAAUGGAAAAGUCUGGUAACACUUGGGAUGGACGGUUGUUCCAUACUGUGACGUGUGUUUCUGGGAGCCAGGCCCUGGCAGUGGGUGGGCGAAUGUCCCCAACGAAUGCAGAUUUGGGGAUCCUUUGGCUAAGGUUUCCUGAAUCCAUGACAGCCUCAGAUCCAGAUUGUGUUGUGGUGGAACUUGUGAGCCCACAGCCUGCUGAGGACCUAGCCUUAUCGCGCUGGAGACAUACUACAACUGAAGUGAUGUGCCAAGGCCAGAAGUACCUGUUUAUCUAUGGGGGCCGUUCUGCUGUGCAGCCUGUCCUGGGGGACUGGUAUUUCCUGCAUUUGGAAGAGUUUUCCUGCAGAAGGAUUCCUGUUGGGGGCCCAGUCCCUGAGGGCCGUCACUCUCACAGCGCCUGCAGUUGGGACGGGGGAGCGCUCAUUGCAGGGGGUCUGGGAGCAGCUGGGCAACCGUUGAACUCAGUGCUCUUUCUGAGACCGACUGGGAGUGGCUUUCAGUGGCAGGGUGUAGAGACUCACCCUCCUUUCAUCCCCAGAUAUUCACACACUGCCCAUGUACAUGAUGGGAAACUCCUGCUUGUGGGGGGAGUAUGGCUUCACUCUGAAUCAGUACCUGGUGUGACUGUGAUUGACCUGAUGACGGGUUUCAGCUUGGAUUAUCAGAUUGACACAGUGUCCCUGAAGUGGCCAUUAAUGCUGUAUAAUCACAGCAGCGUCUUCCUGCCGGACAAAAGCGAGCUGCUGCUUAUUGGUGGUGGUGGGAACUGCUUCUCCUUUGGGACCCAUCUCAACCUGCACCCUGUCUGCUUAGGCCUCAGCAACAUCCUGACCAGUCAGUGAUGGGAGAUAAACCAGGAUAGAACCACAGAGCUGCAGCAUGGGAAGAUGGUGCAAUUGCAUACCGCAGAGGCCAGGUGGCCCUAUGGCAGAAGUGGGUGUACUGCGGCACAAGCUGGUGAUGUGGUUCCACAAGGGAUUGCCACCCAGAGCAGUAAUCUGGCCUGAUGGCAGUUGGGAGGUCCAAGGACAUAGAACAGCAAAAAUACCCUGGGCAGUGGGGGAGUUGAAAAGUGGCUGAAGACCUAGAGAGGUGAUGUGACAGCAUGGUGGUCUGAGCAGUGACUUUGGGAAGAGUGGCUGGCAUUGUCUACAUGAAUGUAUCCUACUUUUUUUCUACUGUUCUCUCUCAUUAUUUUACAUAGUAAAAUAAAUAAUCAUCCCAAAGCUGCUUUUUCUGCUGGUGCCACAGCCCCUCUGGAUGAAAUGAGGGAGCCGGCCUAAUUCCUAGGGUAUGCAGUAGAACCACAAUUAGCCAAAGAUUGUGGGGGAUUUUCAGGGGCGCUGGAGGCAAAACAUUUGUUUAGUGUAGGGAAGACACUAGGCAGACACAGCCCUGCAGCUCAUGCCUCAUGUAUCCUGAUGCACUCCCAACCCAUUAUAGGAAGUUCCCCUGUUCCAUCAAAGCAAUCAGUCACCUCCACAGCUAUUGGGUAGGGUGAUGCCAGAAUCCCUGGAGAUGUAGACAAGAACAUAAAAAUGGCCACAUUGGGUCAGACUAGCCCAGUAUCCUGUCUUCUGACAGUAGCCAAUGCCAGGUGCCCCAGAGGGAAUGAACAGAACAGGUAAUAAUCAAAUGAUCCAUUCCCUGUAACCCAUUCCCAGCUUCUGGAACACAGAGGCUAGGGACACCAUCCCUGCCUAUCCUGGUGGAUAGCCAUGAGCUUAUCUAGUUCUUUUUUGAACCCUGUUAUAGCCUUCACAGCGUGGCCUUCACAACAUCUUCUAGCAGAGAGUUCCACAGGUUGACAGUGCGUUGUGUGAAGAAAUACUUCCUUUUGUUUGUUUUAAACCUGCUGUCCAUUAUUCCUAGUUCUUCAGUUGAGAAUGAGUAAAUAACAAUUCCUUAAUUAAUUUACUUACUCCACUCCAGUCAUGAUUUUAUAGACCUCUAUUAUACCCCCUCUUCGUUGUCUCUUUUCCAAGUUGAAAAGUCCAAAUCUUAUUAAUCUCUCCUCAUACAGAAGCAGUUUCAUGCCCCUUAUCAUUUUUGUUGCCCUUUUCUGAACCUUUUCCAAUCCCAAUAUAUCUUUUUUGAGAUGGAGCGACCACAUCUGCGCACAGUAUUCAAGUUGUGGGUGUACCAUGGAUUUAUAUAGAGGCAAUAUGAUAUUUUCCAUCUUCUUAUCUAUCCCUUUCUUAAUUAUUCCCAGUAUUUUGUUUGCUUUUUGGACUGCCACUUCACAUUGAGUGGAUGUUUUCAGAGAACUAUCCAUAAUGACUCCAAGAUCUCUUUGAGUGGUAACAGCUAAUAUAGACCCCAUCAUUUUAUAUGUAUAGUUGGGAUUAUGUUUUCCAAUGUGCAAUACUUGACAUUCAAUGUUGAUAAACGCAAUCUGCCAUUUUGUUGCCCAGUCACCCAGUUUUGAGAGAUCCUUUUGUAGCUCUUUGCAGUCUGCCUGAGACUUAACUAUCUUGAGUAGUUUUGUAUCUGCAAAUCUUGCCACCUAACUGUUUACCCCUUUUUUUCAGAAAAUUUGUGAAUAUGUUGAUUAGUAUUGGUCCCAGUACAGACCUCUGGGGGAUACCCCUAUUUACCUCUCUCCAUUCUGAAAACUGACCAUUUAUUCCUACUCUUUGUUUCUUAUCUUUUAACCAAUUACUGAUCCAGAGAGGACCUUCCCUCUUAUCCCGUGACCGCUUAUUUUGCUUAAGAGCCUUUAGUGAGGGAGCUUGUCAAAGGCUUUUUAAAAAUCUAAUAUGAGGGGUAGCCGUGUUAGUCUGGAUCUGUAAAAGUAGCAAAGAAUCCUGUGGCACCUUAUAGACUAACAGAGGUUUUGGAGCAUGAGCUUUCAUAGGUGAAUACCUACUUCAUCAGAUGCAUGAGUGUACUUAAAAAUCUAAGUACACUAUGUGCACUUGUCAUCAGAUGUUCAGCUGUGUGUGUGUUCUCCCUGUGUGCUGCUCCAGCUCUGCGCAGAUAGCUGAAACAGCAGACCUCGAGCGAACCACCACAAAAUCCAUUAAGGUACGAAGGUGCCCAGCCAAAUUUAUUAUCAAUGAAGCAAGGUAAUAGCACCUGGCAGACUCCAUGAGUAUACUAAGACGUGUAUACCCGUGACAAUGGACAUACUUCAGUCAGUGGUGGGACUUUCCACUUCUUCCUAGGCCGGCCAAAGACACUCCCUCUGAGAUAUAUCUUUAUGCACAGAUACAAACAAAUUACGUAUUGCCCCUGACGUAUCAGGUG